UGCUCUCGGGUACGGACACAUUAGUUCCUGUUUCUCCUUCCGGUCCGGUUAUUGUUGCAUCAGCAUCUCAUUCAGCCCUGUGGCAAUGUCGAUCUCGGCAGAGACAGCCUUUGAGUUUGGCUUCUUGCUGCAGAUUAACGAGGAGGCGGCCCUGACAGCGGCCCUGAACGACUACCUCACCUCACGCAGCUACCUGGCGGGGUUUGGCCCCUCCCAGGCCGACUUGAGAGCCUUUAGGCUCCUCCCCCAACCCCCCGACCCACAGCAUGUCCACGCUCUGCGCUGGUACAGACACAUUUCUGCCCUGCAGCAGGACCUCGCCGCAGACCGCAGCAUGAAAGGGAAGCGGGUCCAGCCUCCAUGGUCUCCACCAGCUGGAACAGAAGUCCCUCAGCUGUGGCUCUACAACAGCCUGACCAGAACCAAGGAGCCGUUUGUUCCCCAGAAGGGCAACAAGGUGACGUGGUACUGCUGCGGGCCCACAGUGUAUGAUGCUUCCCACAUGGGACACGCCAGGUCCUACAUUUCCUUCGACAUCCUGCGGCGAAUCCUGAGGGACUACUUCAAGUACGACGUGCUCUACUGCAUGAACAUCACAGACAUCGACGAUAAAAUCAUUAAAAGGGCCCGACAGAACUACCUUCUGGACCAGUACAGAGAGAAGCAACCAAAGCCAGCUGAGAUCCUGCAGGACGUCUUGAGGGCACGAGUGCCCUUCCAGGAGCAGCUGGCGUCCACCACAGACCCAGACAAGAAGCAGAUGUUGGAGCGCCUGGAUGCCGCCGUCACCUCCGCUCUGAAGCCCCUGCAGGGGGCGGUAGAGAGCACAGCAGCAGAUGAAGUCCUCCAAGCUCUGGCUCAGGUGUUGUUGGAGAAAUCAAAGGACUUGCUGUCCGACUGGUUGGACAAACAGUCUGGAAGUGAAGUCACAGAGAACUCCAUCUUCUCCGUCCUUCCCAAGUACUGGGAGGGAGAGUUCCACAAAGACAUGGAGGCCCUGAGCGUUCUUCCUGCUGAUGUUCUAACUCGAGUCAGUGAGUAUGUACCAGAGAUUGUGGAGUUUGUGAGGAAGAUCAUCUCAAACGGUUACGGGUACGAGUCCAACGGUUCUGUCUACUUUGAUACCCAGAAGUUUGAUUCCAGUCCGCAGCACUCGUACGCCAAACUGGUCCCAGAGGCUGUGGGAGAUCAGAAAGCUUUGCAGGAGGGAGAAGGCGAUCUGAGCAUUUCUGCAGACAGGCUGAGUGAGAAAAAGUCCCAAAACGACUUUGCUUUGUGGAAAGCUUCGAAGCCAGGAGAGCCUUCCUGGGAAUCUCCAUGGGGGAAGGGACGGCCGGGUUGGCACAUCGAGUGUUCAGCCAUGGCUGGCUCCAUCUUAGGAGAGUCGAUGGACAUCCAUGGGGGAGGGUUUGAUCUCCGGUUCCCCCAUCAUGACAACGAGCUGGCCCAGUCUGAGGCAUUCUUUGAGAACGAUUACUGGGUUCGUUACUUCCUGCACACCGGUCACCUGACCAUCGCCGGCUGCAAGAUGUCCAAAUCGCUCAAAAACUUCAUCACCAUAAAAGACGCUUUGGCAAAGAACACUGCUCGUCAGCUCCGCCUGGCCUUCCUGAUGCAUUCCUGGAAAGACACCCUCGACUAUUCCUCCAACACCAUGGAGUCGGCCGUGCAGUACGAGAAGUUCAUGAACGAGUUCUUUCUGAACGUCAAGGACAUCCUGCGAGCACCCACAGAUCUGACCGGUCGCUUCGAGAAGUGGGAGGCUGCAGAGGUGGAGCUGAACAACAGUUUCUACAACAGGAAGUCGGCCGUGCACAAGGCCCUGUGUGACAACGUGGACACCCGCACCGCCGUGGAGGAGAUGAGGGUUCUGGUCAGCCACAGCAACAGCUACAUCGCCGGCAGGAAGAGCUCCAAGCUGAGGCCCAACCGCCUGCUGCUGGAAAGCAUCGCCACAUACCUCACCAACAUGCUGAAGAUAUUUGGAGCGAUCGAAGGAUCGGAUCCCAUCGGUUUUCCUGUUGGAGGGCAAACUGUGGAUCUGGAGAGCACAGUGAUGCCGUACCUGGCGGUGCUGUCGGACUUCAGAGAGAACGUCCGGAAAAUCGCCCGAGAGCAGAAAGUGACGCCGCUGCUGCAGCUCUGUGACGUCAUUCGGGACGAUACGUUGCCGGAGCUGGGAGUCCGGCUGGAGGAUUAUGAAGGUCAGCCCACUGUGGUGAAACUGGUGGAUAAGGAGACAUUACUGAAGGAGAAAGAGGAGAAGAAGAAGAUGGAAGAGGAGAAGAAACGGAAGAAGGAAGAAGCUGCCAGGAAGAAACAGGAGCAGGAGAUGGCUAAACUCGCCAAGAUGAAGAUCCCUCCAUGUGAGAUGUUUCGCUCUGAACCAGACAAGUAUUCCAGAUUUGACGAGACGGGUUUCCCAACUCAUGAUGCUGAAGGAAAGGAGCUCAGCAAAGGUCAAGCCAAGAAGCUGCGGAAGCUCUACGAGGCUCAGGAAAAGCUUCACAACGAGUAUCUUCAGAUGAACCAGAACGGCAACUGAGCUGUGCUGGUCAUUCGACACAUUAAAACAGAAAGUCCGCAGGGAGCGUGUGGCCUUCUGUCUUCUGUUCAUCAUGUUUCAGAAAACAAAGGGUCCGGUUUUUAUUUUCGUAAACAUGGUUAAAUCAACUCCAGAAACGUGUGAAUUGUUUUGCAUUGAUGAGGUAAAAAGGACUUCCUGUUGUGAGUUUUCUUGAUCAGAAGAAACAACCUGUGUCUCCGUUUUACCAUUGUUUCCAGGCUGGCUGCAGCCCUGUGGAUCAACGCAGACUCAGAGAUGUUCCUGUGUCUUUAGAAUGUUGGAUCUACUCAUAAAACAAGAUCUGUGAAGCUUUUCCAUCAUGCAUUCCUUGUAAAAUCAGUCGGUCAUAUUUCCUUGAUUGAAUUCACUGUGUUUGUAGCAGAGAUUAGAUUCCUGGAAACAUCAGGGUGUGAUUUUAUCAAUCAUUCAGCUUCAUACAGUCACACAGAAACACUGGAAUCACAGAACCUCCUAGUAUCUGCAGGAAAGCUUCGAGGUUUUCAUCAGCUUGGUUAUUUCCUUUUAUGUUAGUUUUGGUAAACUUUUCCCAGGAUAGAAUCAUUUAAUAAAGAUGUUAGGAACAUCUGCCAAACAGAACCGGCUGGAUCAUAAAAUGUUUCCACAUGUUCACGUCCAUUCUUAUCCAUUCCUAAUCCCAGUGAUGUCUUUGUAAAAUGAUCCUGCCAGUAACUUCCAGGAUAAGAUAAAACACAAGCCGCCUCAACUCCAAAGAGCUGCUUUCCUCUUUUUACGGUUUCUGCAAAAUAUGAAGGAAUAUGAUGUUUGAUGUUGUUGAGGAAUCUGAGUAAAUUCCUGAGAAGUUAAGAAGGUUACGUUUCAUGGCUGGAAAAUAGUCCUAAAAGAGGAGAGCUUUUUAAUCAAUCAUCCAUCCAUUACACUUUGUAUUUUUCUACUGAUUUAUUAGAAAACUGUGGUUCUGUGAAGGCGUGGCUGCAGGUUGUGGUUUGUGAAGAAGAUGCUUUAAUAAAGAGGAGUCAGAGAUA